AGUGGCUUGGCAAUUUCUUUUUAGCAAACAUAGUAGCGUUACCUUUAAAGCGUGUAAAUUCUGGAUCCAUGGAGUUAUUUCUUGAAUAUUUUGAGACAACGUCACCGGAAAAAUACCGAUUUCUCGAUUAUUACCAGUAUUGUAAAAGCCGGGAUGAUUUCACAAGUAAUUUUCGACAAGAAGCAAAAAGACUUCAAGUUGCCUUGGAACACCUGGUGAAAAAUGAAUCGGAUUUAAGGAAACAAAAAGCUCAAUAUUUGCUUGAUGUUUUUGAGGCAAGUAUCUUUUUUCAUUUCAUUUUGAUCACUGGCAAACAUUUUGUAGAGGUGGGGCCUCCAGCAGUCCUGAGAAGGGGUAACACUCACACAACUAUGGCGGGUGCCUACGUACCACCUGACCUUACGGCGUUCAUUAGAUCCCGUUGUGGUCUGCUUUGCCAGUGGAACCAUCGAAAAAAGAACGUGAAUAUUGAUAAAUUCUGGAAUGAAGUUGAAGGUGAAUCUCUGGAUAUAGAGCAUGCAAAAGAAAAAAAACAAUUACAGCUGGACCAGUUGAAAAUAGCUCGUGCUAUGACAAAGGGAACUGAGGAUGGCGUUGGAAAUAUUAUGAAAAAUGUCAAUCCGGAGCUGGUUGAGUCAGCUACUUAUCUUAAAAGGAGACGAGAUGUUGAUUACAAAGAAGAUCGAGAUGGGUACACUACGCCUUGUCCAAACAGUCCAAUGGUGAAUAAUCCGGAGGACGAACCGAAACCAAAGAGACGGGCUAAGACUGAUGAUAAGUCUUGCACUUCAUCUGCCGGAACUAGUGAUGAUAUGCCGAUUGGUAUUAAUUUUACAAAGUACAAGAGUGUGGAUGACGAGUCCGAAGAAUCCGAAGAAAGUGAUGAGGAAGACGAAUUGAGGCUAGACGUGGAAGAAAUUGGGUUCGAAGAAUACAUCGAUCAAGGGGAUAAACCUUUCGUUUUUAAAACAAAGAACAUUUCUUCGUUAUUUGAAUCAUAUCUGUCAAAAGCGUUAGCUCAUGCGCAAAAUUCAGGCUUGCUAAUAACGAAAAAUUAUCACGAAAUAUUGAGUCUAUCGCAUAUUCUGUUAUUGCAGAUGGAUAACUAUUCUGAAACGCAAGUGAAAACGUUCUCUAGGGAAACGCUCGAAGAUCUUAGAGAGGAUAUUAAAUCAAAGUUAAUCGGAAAAGAAAAAGUUGCUAAUGAUGGUGGAUUACACGAACUUCGCGAAACCAUUACUGAGUCUUUUUCGAAAACAUUUAAUUCAACAACAGAGGAAGAAUUUUUUCGACGAAUGAGGUUUCUCUUUGAACAUCUGUCUCAUACUAUUUCAUUACAUUCAUUGAAAGAAAUUAUGAGCGAAGGGACACUUGUGGCAAAUCUAAUAACACCAGCGCAAAGAUCCGAAAACUUGCCAUCGGUUGGGAAAGAUGCUUUGGAUAAUAUUUUGCCUAAGACCGGUGUUAAUCGGAUUUUUGCUUGGCAAGUUAUUGUGACAAAAUGGACCGGUUAUAUGAUGACUUUAAUUAGUCCUGGAAUUUAUGUCAUGAUAGAUACUGGUGGUAGUGUGGAUCUUCCAAGAUCUUUCGAAACAUGCGAUUUGUUUUUAACAUAUGAAAGAACAAUAAAGGAUAUCCUUUCAAUUAUCAAUAAGAGUGAAGAAUUCGAAAAUGAUAAUUUUAAAGGAUGGCGUCGACCAACACUUGGGACACCAGC